AUGGCAAUCACCAAAGAGACUGUUCAAGACGUUUUGAUCGAAAGAGCCCUCCGUUGUCGAGGCCCAGGAGGUGCCAUCGCUGUCGUGAAAGAUGGCGAGCUCAUCGGCCAGCACGUGUGGGGAUUGGCCGACCUGGAAAAUCGGAUUCCUAUGACGGUUGAAACGCAAAUGCCCAUCUGUUCAAUUACCAAACAGUUCGUGUGUGCGCUGUUGCUCGACCUGGAGCGCAAUCCAACUCCGGCAUUAGCUGCAAAAGGCAGUGUCCGGGAGCAGCUCACAGCUCAUCUCACGGAAAUACUAAGCCCGGAGCUCACCCGUGACGGUGAACUCACAAUUGAGCGACUAUGUGACAUGCAAUCCGGUCUGCGCGACUACUGGGCUAUGACCACACUCUGGGGAUCCAAGCCGGACGACGAGUUUCUGAUCGCCAGAGACAGCGCUCCAAUGCUUGCUCAAACCAAGUCAUUCCAAUUCCAGCCGGGAACGGAAUAUUCCUACUGCAAUGUCAACUUCCACAUUCUUGCCCGGGUGAUUGAACGAGCGACUGGCGAGUCUCUUGAUAAAUUGCUCGAAGAGAGGAUCCUCCGGCCGGCUGGUAUGAGCACGGCAUUCCUCUGUCCCAACACGGCACAACACCCACCCCCAUGUGUCGGAUACGAGGGCGACGAGGAGCACGGUUUCACACCCGCUGUCAAUAGAAUGGAAUGGUCUGGUGAUGCUGGAUUAGUGGCUUCGCUCACUGAUAUGAUCGCGUACGAGAAGUAUAUCGAUCGUUGUUACGCUGACCCAGAGAGCUGGUACAAUACCGCUAUCGCUGAUCCUAAGUUCAGUGACGGUACCACUGCAAGGUACCGUUAUGGGCUAAGUCACGCUGACAUCAAUGAGGUGCACACUAUUGGGCAUGGCGGAGCGUUGCGAGGGUAUCGUCUGCACCGGCGGCACUCACCAAAAGACCGCUUAUCCGUCGUCGUUAUGCUUAACAGUGACGCCGACGCAUACGGUCCCACCAUUAAGAUAUUCCGGGAUCUCUUGGAAUUACCCAUUCGUGGCUUGAUACCCCGCGAGGUGGACAUGUAUUGGAAUGGCGUGUACCUUGAUCCGGAUACCCAGCUGUCGAUUGCCGUUGUCCCCACUAACGGCGCAAUUGAUGGAGAGCUGGACAUCAAGUACGAUGGCUCUGCCACACGUUUCAAACUUGAUGAAGCGACUUGGGGGAAGUCUGAUUCAAUGAGUGGGUCAAUUGAUACAAAUACACUGACUAUCAAUCGUUUGGCGGAUAAUCGGACCCUCAAUGCUCGACGUAUUCUCCCGAAAGACUCAGCCCUUAAAGACCCAUCAUUCCUAGGUGUCUAUCAGGGUGUUGAAAUUGAAUCUACCUUCCAUUGUAUUGGUGGGGAUGGCAUGCUAUACGGUGCGUUUGAUGGAUAUUUGGGCAAGGGAAAUACCACUCCAAUGAAACAUCUUGGAGAAGAUGUCUGGGUUUUGACUUGUCCACGUGGUUUGGAUGCACCAGCUCCAGGAGAUUGGACUAUGGUCUUUUCUCGGGACGAGAAUGAUCAAAUUAAAGGAUUUACGAUCGGUUGUUGGUUGGCCAGGAAGAUUGAAUUUGUGAAGAAAGCCUGA